AUGAAUUCAUACGUUGGAGCUGGAAAUAAACCAGAAACCUCACAUGGACUACCGGCACCAGAGGAAGCUCUCUUGCCCGGAACCCUGAACCCAUAUCAUGAUGGCCGCAUACGAACGGCAGUUCCGAGCAAGCUCAAGGGCAGGACAACCAGGACCCAAGGCAACUUCAGUGUCUUGCAAAUGCAUAUCCAGAAGCCAGAGAUGACGGCGCGUGACCUUGCUGCUAAGCGUACAAGUGAAAGAACCGCUGCUGCUGCAAAGCUCGCGAGUUCUCAAGGAUAUCGCCACCCAAGGAGACUUCGGCUGCAACCUUCAGUUACCUAUCCAGCCUCUGUUCCUGUUGCAAUAUCUCUGACUCGGACCUUCUCCCCACCUCAUUCGCAACUCCCAUCGGUCGUUCCACCUGUUCCUAGGCCCAAUUCUCUACCUCACAUCACUACUUCACCUGCAUAUCAAGAAAGAUCCUUACACAGGCAGGCGGUAGCGGCAGCGAACAUCACAUUGGAUACUGAUACCCAGCAGGUGGAUGAUCCGUUUACAGAAUCAAAUGGUCUCCAGGAGAUAAGCCCAGAGCAUUCUCGCGGGUCACUUGCUUUAGAUACUAUACAAGAGGGUAAUACGGAACAACCAGAUGGCCCAGAGACAGGCCAAGAUCUUACGCAAGACACCAAUAUGGAAGUCCCGGGUGAACCAUUCAUGACAGUAGACUCACCAGGGAUCGAAACAGAACAUACGAGCGAGGUAACAAAUGUUAUGAGAGAAGUCAACAAGGAACAAGCAAGAGAGAUAACAAUUGAUCUACAAGAGACCAACACGAGUCAUAUAGCCAAGCCAGGCUCUGCGCCCCAACCUCUAUCACCUGCUGUAGUCAAGGCAGAACAGGCACGGAUCCUCACACUCUUUCGAUACACCCAGCCAAGGUUCAUCGUAGACCAGCUUGUGGAGGCGUUGGUUCAUUUUGGAACAAUGCCUGAUGUGCCUCCGACAGAAACAAGUUUGUUUAUUCAGAGUGCUUCCAACAAUGGUCAGGGUGAUCUCUUCGUCUCCUGGCUUUCUGAAAUUUUCCCUGCCAUCCCUCUCGAGUCACAUAAAAUGAAGAAACCCCCAACAGGGAGGCCACGAGGCAGGCCAAAGGGGAGCACCGCUGGUUACAACAAAGAGACGACUACAGUGCAAAAUGUGAGUGCUGUUUUCGUUCCCCGGUCACUUGAACCGCACGAAACCACGAGCACCCAAAUCACAUUGAUUAGAGAUGGUCCACACAAAUCACAACAGGCCGUUGCAGGUACUCAAGGACAGGAUGUACCACUCUCGCCGAUCCAAACCGCUCAAAGUCUCACAGCUACCAUUGUACCGGCCUUACGGGGACAGGAAGACGUGACACUACAACCCGUUGCAGACGUUUCAGGCCAGACUGUUGCAAUCCCACGAAUGAGGCCAAUAUUUCCUUCAACGGCGCCAACUGCAGAGGUAUCUGCGUCAAACCCAACACCAGUACAGCGCAAGAAACCUACGGGUAGGCCUCGCGGCCGACCACCUGGGUCGAAGAACAAGUUGAAGUCGAUAUCCAAAGCACAAAGUAAAAAGGUUGACCAGCAGGAUUCGCGACCUGACAAGUUAAAUUGCUCAGUGUCACAGUCUGGAGCAUCCUGGCCUCAACAGCAAAGCGGCGGCCCUUCGGAUACUACUGAGUCAACUAGGGUGAAUCCGAAUCAAGCAGUCACCAGAGUCGCCCAGGCAGAUGCACCUAACUCGCUUGGUGGCAUCAAGGAGAAAAGAAAGAAUACUAAUACCGAAGUCUCCAAUAUCCAAAACCUGUCGUUUAUUGCCUUGAAGGAACAGAGGGCCUCGCAGCAAGCUCAUCCGCGAGAAGCCCCAGCUACUAUUUUGCCUCAGGCCUCAGACUCCACUGCGCCGACAAUAAACAGUUCUCUUCAUGCGCAACACGCAAAGCGGCGUCGCUUAUCCCAGGAGAUGGUGCAAAGGGAUUCUGUGUCGUCUACGUCAAGCAUUUCUGGAUCACGGGCGCUGCCAGAUGUGUUUGAGAGCAAUUUGAGCCUGGGAUUCCAAUCAGCUCAGUCUCGUCCGUCACAAUAUGUUUCACGGCAUCGAAAUCAAAACUGGGAUAUGGAGAAUUUCUACCCGGUGCAACAGCCUCAAUCUCAGCUGCAUCCUCGCCUACAGCAACCGUCCCGUCCACAGCAGCUUUCACGAAAUACAGGAUCUGGAGCAUGA